AUGGCGGAUGCACUAUAUCUACCUGAAGAUAUUGUUCACCUGAUAUUUCUUCGAUUGCCUAGAAAACCAUUGUUCCGAUUGAAAUGUUUAUCAAAGCAUUGGAAUCGUCUGAUUUCAGAACACUUUAUAAAGUUGAGAUCAAGACGAAUGAUGUUUCUCCCCAGCCUACCUUUUCACGCAAUUGACAACACUGCCACAAGCGAGGACAUGACUCCAUCGAAGAUGAUCAAGCUUUCCUCUCCUUCAAUUAACACGGGAAGUUAUAAAGAGGUCACUAUUGUUGGAUCGUUCAACGGGAUAGUCCUUUUAGUCCUAGAAUAUUUAAAUACGAUCGUUAUCGAUCCCAAUUCUCCAUAUGGACAUCAUAUGAUCCUAUACAACCCAUUAUCUGGAGAGUUCAACACAGUUCCUCGCGGAGGAUCAUAUAAGUCAUAUAACUACUAUGUGUAUGGAUUUGGCUAUGGUACAGCCGCAGAUGAUUUAAAAAUUAUUAGAUUAAAAUAUCUUCGCUUCGGUAGUAAUUAUGAAUCAAAAUCUUUUGAGGUAUUUAGUCUUAAAACUUGGUCAUGGAGCAGACCUUCCAAGUUAACCGAUGACUCUUGCUUCUGCGACAGCUAUUCUUCAGGUAUCUUUGCAAAUGGAUUUUUGUACUGGAAUGCCACGAGAAAUUCGGGUUCCCCUCUUUAUUUGAUAGUGACUCUAAAUAUCAAGACGAUGGAGUUUUCAAGGAUAGAAAUUCCAGAUAGAUAUUGGAUGCAUCGUUUGGGUACAUAUAAGGGGCGACUUUGCAUGAUUUGCUCUCAAAAUAAUGUGGAAGGAUACGAAUUAAGGGUGAUGAACAAACCAUGGUUAUGCUCUUCGGAGUUAUGGUCAACAGUAUGUUCGUUUCCAUCCUCGUUAUUGCAUAUUGAUUUCGCAUCUGAUCUUGGGACGUUGUGUAUUCUGGAUGACGGGAGAUUGCUAACGUUGAAGUCGUGUAAUCAACUCAUCAUCUAUGACAUGUUGAAAGAUUCGUAUAUGGAGGUGGACAACUUGACGAGUUUUAUCCGAGUAGGGAAGUUGCAAUCUGUGGAAUACAUCCAGAGUUCGAUAUCACCAUCGGAUAUAUGUUCUGUUUUCAUAUAA